UCCAUCUGGUACAGAAAAGCUGGCACUAGAUAAGGAGAUUGUGUCAUUGUUCCCCUCGUUAAGGAUUCAAGUGCCCUUUGGUGAAAAUGAGGGACAUGUAAGGAUGUUUUUACAUUAUAAAAUAAAUUACUUAGCAAUGUGAAUAUAAACUGCUCAAGUAUAUUUGACUCCAACUUAAUUCUAUUUUUGCAUUACUCAUGUCAGGAGCAUUUUUUUGAUGGGCCAUCACACAGUGGCUUUAUAGAAAUGAGACUGCGGAGCAUCAGACAGAAGCUUCAACAGAACGAACGGAUGUACAGUUUAAAACGUCGUCAUUGUACACUGCAACCUUCUUUGCCCAGUCAAGAUGAAACUGUGCCUAGUGAGUGGUUGACCCUGAUAAAAAGCAUGCGACCGUCACCAGAGAAUUCAUCAUCAAUAAAGAGUGCAGUUGAACAAACCUUCAGUUACCGAAGGAGAUGGAUAACAACACAAUCCCUAACUGUUGCUGAAAUCUUCAAGGAAUAUCCCAAAUUUCUUGACAUGCCCACCUUGAUGGACAUUGAAUUUUCCAAACUCACAGAUGGCAAAGAAGACUUUUUUAUCCGGAAAUGGGAAGGGAGCAUAAUUCCAAAGCUCAAGGAAAUAGCAUCCUUGGAGAAGAAAAAUGACAUACAACACUUGCUGGAGAAAGCCGACAAUCAGCAAGAUGAUGAGCUGUGCUACACUAUGUUGAAGAUCCUCAUUCAUCUUCUUCCACCCACGGCAUCUGGGAGAAGUGUUGCUGGCAGUAAAUGCUGUGUGAACUCUGCAGUCUCAUACCUGUUAGAGCAAGUGCCGGCUGGUACCAAUGUGACCUCCUUGCUCAGUGAAUCCAUGAAAGGGUCCCUGAAGUCAGCUCAGCCGCAGUUGGUUUCCAUCGGUUCUCUAGAACGUGAAGCACAGUACGUAAUUGUGGCAAAGAAUGAUUCUUUUGCCCUUCCACUUGAUGUUGAAAGCCUGACCUGUGCUGUAGACAGACUUUUCAAAUUCUUCUGGCUGUGCAAUCUUCAGUAUCCAUGCCAACUGACAAAUUGCUUGACAAACUUAAGACAGACUCUCACUUAUACCAGUUCAGUUCAUGUGGCUAAUACUAUCAGUUUUUUUGUGGACAACAUACAGGACAGGAUACGUUCUGACUUUAAAAGCAGAUGAAAGGGGAGAACCAUUAUUUGGUGAAGUUAUACAUAUUAUUCCCCAAAGCGAAAGAGAAUGUGCACUUAUGUUCCUGAGAGUUUUAAGAGUUAAAUAUUUUGAUGAACACCUUUUUUCCUUCAAUGUCAUCAGAACCAAAGAUUUUGACAUGGCAAAGAUGCCUGGUGACUUAAUAGAUUACAGACCUUUAAAUAUUGUAUAAUUUUGUGAUCAGCAGUAUGUAACUCCUAAAUACAAAAUUUUGUUUAAACAUGUUGGUGGUUGAAACUGUUGAACACAUUGUGUUUUGACCAGAUUUGACAAUGAAUUGUUUUGUUAACAUGAUCACCUAUAGGUGAAUGCAUAAACAGUAAUUGUGUAAUGGUUAUUUCUUUGAAUACAGUUUUUAGGUUAAUUAAAUGUAUUUUUUUCUGUAUGAAAAUGAAAUGUUGGUACACUUGAGAAUAAGUUCAGAAAAUGUGGUAC